AUGAAUACCAAUGCUGAUCAAUUAACACGUUCGAUAAUAACAACUACUACACAAAUGAAAAUUAUACGACGAAUAGAAGUAACACCAACAACCGAAACAAUCUCUCGGUUUCAGUCUACUCUUAAUCAACCGUGUGCUGGCUAUCCGCGACUAUGGACAAAUCAGAAUAGUAUUCCCAUAGCUCUUAAUCUUAAUAGACGUUCACAGAAAAUGGUAUGGUUUACUACUUGUUUAUUUAUCAGUGUUGGAUUACUUGCUGUGUCAGUGGCCAUUAUUGGUUUAGUAAUUGCUUUUAGAAAAGAUAUCGAUAAUGAUAAUGAAAAUUAUAUUGAAAUACUACCAAUACGUGAUGAUAAUCCGAAGUUAAUGUAUUCAACAACUAAAAGUAGUUCAUCUUCAUUAAAGACCAAAAAGACGAUUUCUACAACGAAAAUUAGCCCUACCAGUUCAACAACUCGAUUUCAAAGAUUAAUUGAAACAACGAAUUCCGUAAGUUAUUUCAAAAGCUCGAUAGUUUCAACAAUAGAUUAUUUAUCAACCAUCACACAAUUUGAUACAUCUCAAAUGCAAGAAACAUCGACAGUGUUUUUAAAUGAAGUCCAAACAUCUAAUUACAUCGAAGAAACCACUGAAUUGCCAGCGUACAUUUCGACUUCCAUAAAACAAGAAACAACCAAUGAUCAACAACUACGACUAUCAACAGAGUCGAGUAUUACAACUGAAAUUUAUUUUCCAAAGACGCUCCCGAGUGUGUUUCAGUUUUUACCAUUCAGACCAUCUACGAAUACUUCCACUCGAUUUACCAGACGACCUUAUAAUAAUUCAUUUACUACAAUAAAAAUAAAUGCAACCCAACAAACACCGCUAACACAAAGACGCAAUCGAUUACGUCAAAAAUAUCUAAAGUAA